ACAAUAAUAAUAAUAAUGAUAGUAGUUUGGAUAAAAGUAAAGAAAUGAGAAGCAAAUAUAAUAGCAAAGAUAGGAAUAACAAUAGUAAAAAUGAGAAUAAUAAUGAAGAUUAUAAUAGUUUAGAGAUAGAUGAAAAUAAUGAUAGCUUAAAUAAAAGUAGAGUAUAA